GAAUCUGGAGACUCUUUACCGCUACCCGCUUUGUGUUUGUGGGUCUCCUGGGAAACUUGCCAUUCUCAGGACAAACCUCUUCCCCCCCCCCCCCGCCCCCAGGCAUACCCAGCCACCAGCUUCACCAGCAGCCAGCCAGCGGUGCUGAUCGUGUGCGGCCCUGGGAACAACGGCGGAGAUGGACUAGUUUGUGCCCGUCAUCUGAAAAUGUUUGGCUACCAGCCGGCCCUCUAUUAUCCCAAGCGCCCCAACAAGCCGCUUUUUGAAGGUUUAACCACCCAGUGUAAGAAGAUGGAGAUCCCGUUCCUCACAGAGUUUCCCUCUGAAGCUGCCCUCAUCGACGAGGCCUACGGUCUGGUGGUGGAUGCCAUCUUUGGGUUCAGCUUCCAAGGCGCCGUGCGGGAACCUUUCGGGACCAUCCUGGGCACCUUGGAGAAGGUGACCAUCCCUGUGGUCAGCAUCGAUAUUCCUUCUGGUAUGUUGGGUCCAAGUGGGCCUGGGCUGCUUCAUU